CUGGGCACGUCAGUCUCUCUGUGCUUCAUCGCUGGGACAUCUUGAAAUUGUGUAUCAAACUUGAACUUCAUCUUCACCAUCAUGGUUGAGCAGUUUUCAGGAACCUGGACUCUGACUGCCAGCGAGAACUUUGAUGACUACAUGAAAGCAAUCGGUGUGGGCUUCGCCACCCGGCAGAUGGGCAACAUGGCAAAGCCAAACCUGGUGAUCAGCGUGAAUGAUGCUGGGGUUAUUUCAAUGAAGUCUGAGAGUACUUUCAAGACCACAGAGAUCAAGUUUAAGAUAAACGAAGAAUUCGACGAGACGACUGCAGACGGCCGACAGACCAAGACCACCAUCACUUUUGAGAAUGGCAAACUUGUGCAGAAACAGACGUGGGAUGGAAAGACAACAACACUGGAAAGAGAGAUUCAAGAUGGAAAACUAACAGCUAAAUGUAUCAUGGAUGACGUUGUUGCAGUGAGGACCUACGAGAAGGUGUAACUAAUUUUGCUGAAUAACCACAUUGUUGAACCUGGUCCUUACCAGAACACCAAAUGUACUGAGAUAUUGCCAAUGAAGUCUCAACUGUGAUACUUCA